AGUCCUGGUUUGGUUGGAACUAUGUGUAUAGUUAGUUUGUCUGUCUUAGUGGUUAAGUUUGUGGUAAAGAAUGGGCUUGAUUAAACUUACUCUGUUGGUGUUUCUUUAUCACCAGUUGUUAUGGCAAGACAAUCUGUUGAAUGGACACCGUAACUUGGUUGGUGCAUCGAAUUCUGUCCCCCUGGGAAAUGAUGGGUCUGGUUCUAAUGCCACCACAACUCAGGAUGAUGGGUCUGGUUCUAAUGCCACCACAACUCAGGAUGAUGGGUCUGGUUCUAAUGCCACCACAACUCAGGAUGAUGGGUCUGGUUCUAAUGCCACCACAACUCAGGAUGAUGGGUCUGUGCAGAUUAGCAUACCCAUUGCUAAACUGCAACAAUGA